AUGGAGGUACAUGGUCCUCGCAGGAAUCCCAGCUAUCUCUCUGACCUCUAUCAGAACAUGUUACGGGCUGAAGAAGUGCCAAGACGUGGCCAGCAACAGUCCCCUGCAAUCCAUACAAGUAGCAAUAUGAUUCUUUGGAGCAAUACCCCAGCUAAGGGGAGCCCCCAGCCACAGAGCAGCACUUCCUCCAGCUGUGAUCCAGCAUUACGGCCUAUCAUACGCCGCCGGGCGAGAUCUUUACCUACGUCGCCCGAAAGAAGGAAGAGAGCCGGAGUGCAGUGUCAAGUUCCUGGAUGCCAGAGUCGUAUGAACCGGGUGAGAUUUGCUGAUGCUUUGGGCUUGGAGCUCACUGAAGUGAAAGUCUUCCAGAGCGGGGAGGAUCCAUCGAUCCCCUUGCAUGUCCUUUCCAGGCUCUCCAUAAACUCAGACCUCUGGUACAGCAGCUCAGACUUGGAGUUUACUAUGCAGUGUUUGGUCCCUGACUUCCAGCAGCCUGCAGACUGUAUGGAUUUCUCCUCCCGACUUCAGGAGCAGCAGGUGUGUCUUGAACGAGUGACCAGCUCAGAUUUGGGGCUCAGUGGCACCAUCCAGGUUCGCAACGUUGCUUUUGAGAAGCAGGUAUCUGUGCGAUACACCUUCAACCAGUGGAAAAGCCUCAAUGAAGUGUGUGCUCACUGGCACAGUAGCAUCCAUGAGAAAAGCGGGCAGGAUCAGGUUGAUGUUUUCACUUUCUUUCUCCCUGUGCCUCCUUUUCUCCUUCAGCUGUGCUCUGUAGUCCAGUUUGCAGCAAGGUACCAAGUCAACGGCCAGGAGUACUGGGAUAACAACAGAGGGAAUAACUACAGUCUUACCUGCCGGACUCACCCCCUUAAGAUGCCUAGAGAAUGUGAGGAGAGCUGGAUCCACUUUAUCUAACAGAGGAAGUGGGCACAGAGCAGCUUGUCAGUAGUCUGGUGGCACUCUCUUCCUUGGCAUGGUGCUCUGCUCCUAUGGCAACAGUCUCCUUUUUGAAACCUGCCAAAGCUGAUGAAGUGCUCCAGGGCAAGGAAGUAGCCAAUGACCCGGACAAACUGUUCUAAACUUCUCAGCAAGUAAAAAAGGCCAAAAUGUGUAUUGAGUUACAUUUGUUGAAAGCUCCUGUGAUUUCUUGUAGUGUAUGAGUUGGUGAAGAAUGGUCCCAGGGGAUGCUGUUGGACUACCAGAGAGCAAAACAAGACACUUCAUGUGACUAGCAAUAUUCUAGGUUUCAUAGAAUAUUUCUAACUGAUUUAUUUUAUGAUUUUGUACUGUCUGUUUCCUAAAUAUGGAGUGUGGCUUUACUGGUUUUGUUUCUAAUUUUGUUUAUAUUAUCUCACCAAGUCUGGGCACUUUUCCAUUUAUGCAUAACUUGCAUGGCAGACACUUCAGGGAGUACUUGUAUUUUUAUAUGUAUAUUAGUAAGACUGUAACCAUGUUGAAUAUUUCUGUUAAUAUUUGGGAUGGAAAUUAGAUAGUAUUAUGAUCAGAACAUACAUGAAAACGUGCCAUUAGCCUCUCUGUUUCCCUUAGGAAAAAAAAAAAAGGUGCCUUUUCUUAUCUUCAGUGUUUGCAGCAGGCAGCAGGAAUGACUGUUCCCGAAGUGUGUGCAAGGCAGAUCUUCACAGGGAAGUUCUCAUUUCUUUCAGAUGACGCACAAGUAGGCUUUUUUCUCUAGGUGGUGGUACAGGAAUUGUCCAUUCCUUGUGUGCCUGGUUUUUACUAAGGGAAACUAGAACAAUUUUGUACUUGUGUAGCAAUUGCAGUUGAAGAUCUUAAAGUGCUGUAUGAAUGCUGGUGAUUUUACCAGUGUUCCUGAUAAAUUUAUAAAUCAAAAAAUUAAUAUAGGAGAUAUAUAUAUAUA